AGGGUAUUGCUGUGUGGAAAGCGAAUUUACUCACAGAGAACUUGAAUGUGCCUCAGUGUGCUGCCCAGCUAACUUAUCUCUGAGUCUUCCACACAGAGAGUCGGAGUUUUAAUAGGAUAACGGCGCUCUAGGCAGCCAGGGACACAUUUUAAACAGCACGAUGUGGUGUUGCAAAUCUGAUGCAGAAUUAAUAUGAGGAUACUAGCCCUGCUUCAUAUUUAUUUCAUGUUUCUUGAUAUUCAAGGUAUGUUUACAGCCUCUAAUCUGCUCCCCACACCAGAAAAUGUAACACUACUGUCUAACAACUUCAACCACAUCUUGAUCUGGAGUCCUGGUAGAGGCACACCUCAAGGAACGGUCUACAGCAUCAAUGUUUCUUUUCUCUCCAGUAAACCUGACAGCGAGAGAAGAAGAGUGAAAACAAAUAAAACAAUCCUCGACAUCUCCAAAUACAUGCCAGAUAUGAAUGAGCAGUACACUGUCCGCCUUUCUGCAUUAUUUGGUAACAGAUCAUCACCUGUGGUCAAAAGAAACAUUACACCCUAUAUAGAGACCAUCAUUGGUCCUCCUGCUGUGACUAUGUCUGGCUGUGGUAACUGCUUCAACAUCAGCGUUUCUCUACCAGUAAGAGAGGGCCCGUGGAAUCGCACAAAUUUCUACAAAGGGAUUGUUUUCUACAUCCGUCUAAAGAAGGCAGGAGAGGAGAAGGUUAUCACAGUGCCGAAAACCUGUUCUCACUCUGAGAAGCAGAGUGCGGUGGUGGUGCUGUAUAAUUGUUCUGUAAAAAAUCUUCAGCUGGGUGGGAAUUACUGUGUGCAGGCACAACCACACCUUAAUGUCAAUGAGAAUACCCGGCCCUCUGACUGGUUCUGUGCGUUUACUAGUACAGUGGAAGAAAGAGGAGUGGCAUUUGUUGCUGGUUGGACCAUAUGUUUUGUGCUGGCCGGGCUGUGUUUGCUGAUUAUCACAGCCAGCCUGGUAUAUACCAGGUCUCUGUGCAGGUGGAGGAUGAAUCUGCCCAAAGCACUGACUGCUGUUGUGCCUGGUCGCUACUUUUCCGCAGAGGAGACGCAGCUGUCAGUUGCUGAAGUUGAUACCAGCGUGAAGUCAAACAAGACUAAACAAGUUCAUCAGAUUCAGGCAGACCUCCAUAAAAAAGAAACAAAAGAACAGACAGAUAUGGAGGAAGAGGAUGAGGAUAAUGAUGAUGAUGACGAUGACAACAACGAUGAAGGAGAGAUCAGUAAGUGUAACUACAUGGACCGGGGCAUUAACAACAGUGACUCCCAAGCCACCAACAGCAGGCAAAGCACCACUAGCACAACCACCACUCUCUGUGAGGUGGCAGAGGAUUCUGGGGGAUGUAUUGAGAAGUUUCUACCUACUGAAGCUAAACCAGCUCCUACCAGCAGUACAGCGCUGUCCCAGGUUCUGCAUCAACAUCACAUUGGUAACACACAAGUGAUCUCAGCUGAUCUGAGACCAGAAAAGCAAAAUCUGCCCACUCUGAGAGAGAUGGGACCAGAUGGAGGACGAAUAAACCAGACAGAAGCAGACCCUGAUCAUAACAUCAGCCUGUCUUCAGUGAGACUGAUGUCUUUGCAGACCACAGCAGGGGAUGUGAGACAUGCUAAAGAUGUUCAAGAGCCCCUCGUACCACUGCUGAUACGAGAACUAGCAGAAGACAGACUUUACCUGUCAAAGCCACAAACUGGAAAUCCCACACUACUGGGACUUCACACACAUUCUAAUUUUCAGAGAACUGCACAGGCAGACUCGCAAAAUGAAAAACUGUCAAAACUAAAAUACCUCCCUGAGAAAAGGUCAGACCAACCAGUCAGGCAUGACUGGACACAAACCAGGAAUAUGGCUAUGCACAGGGGUGAACAAGACACAGAAAUUGAGUGUUUAUUGGAGCAAGACAAGAUGGAGAAGGAAGAAAAGGAUGAAGAGGAAGAUGAAGAAGAGGACUAUACCUCAGGGUACAUGAAACGAUGACCAGCACUUUUAUUAUGUCUUGGACUGACCAGUAUGUGUUUACUAGAAACCUGUAGUUGGUACUUCCAGUCAUUUAGUCUAAGGUUAUGUAUGAUCGGACUGCAGGCAGUCAGAUCAGAUUUGUUUCUUAGAUCUGAUCUGUUGAGAUGAUAGUCAGUGAUUAGUUACAAUAUGUAUACAGUAUACAUGUACUGUAUUGAACAGAAUUAAUCGUCAAAACAACUCAGGACAAUAGGUGAGGAACCACUGGUACAGAUACACAAUGUGUGGAGGAUACAGAUCUGUUGUGUGAGUGAGACUGUGUUUCUGUGUGAGUGUGUGUUGGUGGAUGUCUGAGAGUGGGUAAAACAUGGUCCAUUGUUUUACCUUAUGACCCUAUGGCUGUUUCUUCACCAUUAUAGUGGGUUUAAAAAAUAGUUUUUGCAAAGCAAAUCAAUCAUCUUUUAAAUAAUCCAAUAUGGUUUCAUAAAAAGCUGAGAUCGAUCUUCAAAAUUAGCCUGUUUUAUUCCAGUCUGUGCGUAAAUGCUCUCAUUUAAUCUCAUGUGAACAGUCAUUCAGUUCAGGAAAUCAGUGUGUUACCCGGCCAUGACAGGUUAUUGAACUAAUGUACCAGACACAGCUGGGUAAUUCAAACUGAGCAUCAGCAGACCACGUUUACAUAAAUGUAUAUUUUGCCAAAGAAAGGCACCAGCCUAUUAGCAUCACAGUGCCACCUGCAGGUCAGAGCUGGCUUUGCUAAAUUCGUGAAUACACAGAACCUUAGAUUACCUCUGAAACUAUGUGGUAACAGUUCUGUAUCAGUCAGUUAUAGUUCAUUGCUGUUGGUUUGGGUGUGCCGCGUUUUUUAUGUAAUAGAAAUGUCAGUUUUUGCUACACAACACUGAGCCAGUGUAGGUUGUAAAUGUAGGGCCCAAAUGUUUUGAAAUUUUGUGACUUAUUCUAAGGGGAUAAAUAUUCUAAAAAACAAUAAUAUAGGCUGUUUUAAGUCAGUAUUUAUAUUUUAUACUUGCUAUUUUUAGUGAAACUGUUCUCUACUGACAUGUGAGUUAUCAGUUGUCACUUACAGUCUUAAAUUAUAACAAAUAAAAUAAAAUAAAAACUAUUAUUGCACUGGAGAUGGGGAUAUGCAGAAUCGUUUGUGGUUCAGUUCGAGAAACAUUUUUUUCUCUUAUUUAUAAUUGUGUUCUUUUUGUUUUGGGUUUCUUCAGCUGCAGUUUCCCAUAUUUAUAUUGUUUUCUUUGUAAUACUGUUUUGUAAUGGCUGGUUAGUUGUGAAAUGUAAUUUUUCUUUACUUUUUCUGACUGCUCAAACUUUAAUCAAUAAACCAAGUUAAAGCAA